AUGGCGCAGUCCGCCGCUCUCAAGCUGCCUGAGUUUUGGGAGACGUCCGCCGCAACGUGGUUUGCUCAGGCGGAGGCUCAGUUCGCCCUCCGUGGAAUUACUGACGAUGACACGCGCUAUUACCAUGUCGUCUCGGCGCUCGGGAGCUCCACGGCGACCAGGGCAGUGAGUUUCAUUACUUCUCCUCCAGCCCACGGGAAGUAUGCGGGGAUUAAGGCAUAUCUGCUGAAGAUUUUUGAACUGUCACGAUCCGAACGGGCCCGACGCCUCCUUUCUAUGCAGGGCCUGGGGGAUAGCAGGCCCUCAGAACACAUGGAGGUGAUGUUAAACCUGCUGGGCAGUGAAGAGCCAAAUUUCCUCUUUGUGGAACUGUUUCUGCGACACAUGCCACCUCACGUGCAGACGGCUCUCGCGAAUACAGCCAUUACGGAGCCACGUGCUCUGGCGGAGGAGGCGGACCGGUUCUUCCUGGCCACCCAUCGUUUCGUCCCUGACGUGUUGGCCCCGACACGCAGCUACACCCCCCCUGCUGCGGCCGCUCUGCCUGUUAGGGGGCGCAUGGUGACUGACGGCCCGGCCAGCCCUGGGUUGUGCUACUUCCAUGCACGUUUCGGGGCCAAAGCUAAGAGCCAGACGGUGGGUGGCGUCCGUGUGGUGACUACCGCCGUCUUAAUGAUGCGACCACGCCCGAUCGUUACCCCGGUGCCCCACAUUCAGGACUUUUCCGUACAUUUGGCGGGGAAGUCCGUGUUCUCUAAAGUGGAUCUGGUGCGGGGUUACCACCAAGUCCCGGUGCACCCGGCGGACAUACCGAAGACGGCAGUGGUGACUCCUUUCGGGCUGUUCGAGUUCCUCAGGAUGCCUUUUGGCCUGAAGAACGCAGCCCAGUCGUUCCAGCGGCUAAUGGACUCGGCACUCAGGGACAUGCCUUUCAUCUUCGUCUACUUGGACGAUGUCCUCGUCGCCAGCUCCUCGGAGGAGGAGCACCUGACACAUCUCCGAGUUCUUUUUACACGGCUCGACCAGCACGGGCUGAUCAUUAAACCGGCUAAGUGUGUUUUUGGGGUGCCGUCCAUAAAGUUCCUCGGGCAUCUCAUCACCAGUGAGGGGGCUGCCCCCCUCCCUUCGAAGGUGGACGCCGUUUCCACUUUUCCACGCCCACGCUCGGCCCGGGGGCUCCCGGCUCACGUAAUGCGCCCGCUCUACGAGGCCCUUAAGGGUACGACCCCCAACCAGGACGUUGUCUGGACCGCGGAGGCGGACCAGGCCUUCGAGGACACAAAAGUUGCGUUGUGCCAGGCCACUAUGUUGGUCCACCCGUCACCUGGGGCCCCGGUUGCCCUCACUACUGACGCGUCCGACUAUGCCGUGGGUGCCGUGUUCGAGCAGUGGGUCGAGGGUACCUGGCAACCGCUCGCCUUUUUCAGCCGCCAGCUAGUCCCCAGGGAGCGUAAAUACAGCACCUUUGACAGAGAGCUGCUCGCUGUUUGGUUGGCAAUCCGCCACUUCCGCUUCGUCCUGGAGGGCCGUGAGUUUACGGUUUUUGUUGACCACAAGCCCCUUACAUUCUCCAUGUCUAAGGUGGCCGAGCCGUGGUCCGCCCGCCAGCAGCGCCAGCUGGCGUUCAUCUCGGAGUAUACCACGGACAUACGACACAUUGCCGGCAAAUCCAAUGUGGUUGCGGAUUGUCUUUCCAGGGCGGUCGUUGGUGCGGUCCAGCUCGGACUAGACUACGCGCGUAUGGGUGCGGACCAGGCCGCAGUUGAUCAGAAGAGUUUAAACAGUCAAACUAUGUUUGACUACUGUCUACUCCUCCAGUGGGGCGGUCAGUGCGUGGUGGCUGCCACUAUCACUGCCAGUAACAACAUUGAGUGCUUCUCCACCACUGCACACCACCACACUGCUCGCAGAGGCGGGGGUAAAGCCCAGGGGGACGUGCACUCCCCUCCUCAGCGCACAAGCUUCACCUCUGGACACUUUUCACAGAGCGCUGUUUCUCAGGCGCUGUGGGCCGCUGCGUGGGACCUGCAGAUUGCUGUGUGCGUGCUGCUGCUUCUGCUGUGGGAUUCUGACGCCAGUUCUAUCAGGACCACGUUGGGAAUGGACACCUCGAGAACGGAGUGUCCUGCAAAUAAAAUCCUGACUGUGGAAUAUCCUUGCAUGGGAGCUGGAGGCAAGAACAGCACUUGUUUAAGGAGGACAUGCUGUGAUGGAUUCAGGUUCGUGAUGGGCCAGUGCAUACCAGAAAGUGUAGACGUGUGCGCGGCUUCUCCCUGUGAACAGCAGUGCACAGAUAACUUUGGAAGAGUGAUUUGCACCUGUUUUCCUGGAUAUCGAUUUGACAGAGAGAGACACCGAAAUCACAAGUCUCCAUACUGCAUCGAUAUUGAUGAAUGUGAGCAUCCCGACACCAACAUGUGUGAGCAUGAAUGUGUGAACAGUGCGGGCAGCUUCACCUGUCGCUGUCGCACAGGCUACACGCUGGGGGCAGACCAGCAGUCCUGCAUCCCUGACCACCACAUGAGUUCUUCAGGGAAGUCCGAGACUCUGAUGAGUGCGGGAGCCUGCUCUUUCACCUGUCAGGACUUUGUCAACAUGAAGAGCAGUCUACAGCAGCUCAAGUCAAACCUGGGCAGCAUACAGGCAUCCAGCCCGGUGUCUGGCUUAGCCAAUAGCAGUGAUAAGCGAUCUCAUGGAAGAUCAGGCAAAAUGUCUUCAGUCACAUGUUCUUCUGGACUUCCAGGACCUCCAGGAGCCCCUGGAGUCCCAGGGCACCCUGGUGAACCAGGGAGGAGAGGUGAGCCAGGAGAGAGGGGCCCACAAGGUUCUCGUGGUGACAUAGGACCCAUGGGUCCAGAACCCGACCUGAGGCAUAUCAAGCGAGGCCGCAGGGGAGCUGUGGGUCCUCCAGGAGCACCAGGAAAAGAUGGACUAAAGGGUGACAGAGGAGCACCAGGUCCCAGUGGACCCGCUGGUCCACCAGGCUCCUUUGACUUCCUCCUGCUCAUGAUGGCAGACAUCCGUAAUGACAUCAUCGAGCUGCAGGAGAAGGUUUUUGGGGAGAGGAGAGGUCUCACUCUGGACUCUCACUCCUCUGGGGAGGAGGACGUGUUGGAGUGGGGAUCUGGACAGAGUGAUGUCAUGCUAAACUCAUGA